UUCUCGUUCAAUCUGACGAAAGAAGACAAUUUUCUCUCUCUCUCUCUCUCUCUCUUGCUUUACUCUCAAUCUUUCUCUCUCUACUGUGGUGACGAAGACGAAGAAGAAGAAGAAGAAGAAGAAGAAGAAGGACUCUUCGCUUGAAAUCUGAACUGAGUCGAUUUUCGGUUCUUCGCUUUCGCUCUCUACAGUCGUCUAUCAGUCUUUUUCUCUCACUUACCAAAACCACCAACAUUGACGCCAUCAUUCUCCGCUAAAUUUAGCGGAGUUUGUAGGGUUUGACAUCACAUUCUCGUACUUAUGCCCUAAAUUGAGUCCCAGAUUGGCCAAUCUUCGCCAGAUCUGAGACUUGAAUCACCAGAUCAAAGACGCGUCGUCGGGAAACCCUAGUCCGUUUGCUCCGAUGGAGGAAGCUCUCGAACUCGCGCGAGCCAAAGACACCAAGGAGCGAAUGGCCGGUGUCGAGCGCCUCCAUCAACUACUUGAGGCCUCCAGGAAGAGUCUUAGUUCGUCGGAAGUGACAGCGCUUGUCGACUGUUGCUUGGAUCUUCUCAAGGAUAAUAACUUUAGGGUCUCUCAGGGUGCUCUUCAAGCUCUUGCCUCCGCUGCUGUGCUCUCCGGUGAGCACUUGAAGUUGCACUUCAAUGCGCUUGUUCCUGCUGUUGUUGAACGCUUGGGGGAUGCUAAACAGCCAGUUCGUGAUGCCGCUCGGAGACUCUUGCUCACUCUCAUGGAGGUUUCUUCUCCGACCAUCAUAGUAGAACGAGCAGGAUCAUUUGCCUGGACGCACAAAAGUUGGAGAGUCCGAGAAGAAUUUGCACGGACAGUCACAUCAGCAAUUGGUCUUUUUUCAGCUACGGAGCUUCCUCUUCAACGUGCAAUACUUCCUCCAAUUUUGCAGAUGCUAAAUGAUCCAAAUCCUGGUGUCAGGGAAGCAGCUAUAUUGUGUAUCGAGGAGAUGUAUACACAAGCCGGGACCCAAUUCCGUGAUGAACUACAUCGACACCAUCUUCCCUCAUCUAUGGUAAAAGACAUUAAUGCCAGGUUGGAGAGAAUUGAACCUAAAGUUCGUUCUACAGACGGACAUGGUAAUUUUUCUACUGGAGAGAAUAAAAAUGUGAGUCACAACCACAAGAAAAGUAGUCCAAAGGCAAAGAGCACCGCAAGAGAAAUGUCACUUUUUGGAGGAGAAGAUGUUACUGAGAAACCCGUAGAACCUAUUAAAGUUUAUUCAGAGAAGGAACUGAUUAGAGAGAUGGAAAAGAUUGCUUCUACUCUUGUGCCAGAAAAAGAUUGGUCUGUCCGUAUUACUGCUAUGCAAAGAGUUGAAGCCCUUGUUUAUGGAGGUGCUGUUGACUAUCCAUGUUUUCGUGGACUAUUGAAGCAACUUGUUGGUCCACUGAGCGUACAAUUAUCUGAUCGGAGGUCUACCAUAGUGAAGCAGGCCUGCCAUCUGCUAUGCUUUUUGUCAAAGGAGCUUUUGGGAGAUUUUGAGGCAUGUGCAGAGGUGUUUAUUCCAGUUCUUUUCAAGCUGGUUGUGAUCACUGUACUUGUAAUUGCAGAGUCUGCGGAUAACUGCAUAAAAACGAUGUUGCGUAAUUGCAAAGUUGCACGUGUACUUAAUCGUAUAGCAGAUGCUGCAAAGAAUGAUCGAAAUGCAGUUCUCCGUGCAAGGUGUUGUGAAUAUGCACUAUUGGUGUUAGAACACUGGCCUGAUGCCCCUGAAAUACAGCGGUCAGCUGAUCUUUAUGAAGAUCUCAUAAGAUGUUGUGUUGCAGAUGCAAUGAGUGAGGUACGCUCAUCUGCAAGAAUGUGCUACAGAUUAUUUUCAAAGACCUGGCCAGAGCGUUCACGGCGCUUGUUUUCGUCUUUUGAUCCGGUCAUUCAAAGGUUAAUCAAUGAAGAGGAUGGGGGCAUACAUAGAAGACAUGCUUCUCCUUCUGUUCGUGAUAGAUUCACUCAGCCAUCUGCUCCAUCAAAUUUACCUGGUUAUGGAACUUCUGCGAUUGUUGCAAUGGACAGAAGUUCUACUUUACCUUCAGGAACAUCUCUCUCUUCUGGACUACUACUGUCACAAGCAAAGUCGAUGGGCAAAGGCACUGAGCGCAGUUUGGAAAGUGUGUUGCACUCAAGCAAACAGAAGGUCAGCGCCAUUGAAAGCAUGCUUAGAGGUUUGGAUUUGUCAGAGAAACAUAAUUCUUCAACACUCAGAUCAUCUAGUCUGGAUCUAGGAGUUGAACCUCCAUCAGCUCGUGAUCCACCAUACCCUGCUGCUCUCUCAGCUUCUAAUAAUCUCUCAAACUCUUUAAUGACAGAUUCAACUGCAUAUACUACCAGUAAAAGUAGUAACCGCAAUGGUGGACUGGUUUUGUCUGAUAUUAUCACUCAAAUUCAAGCUUCCAAAGAUUCGGGUAAAUUGGCUUAUCGAAGCAAUGCCUCAGGUGAAACUUUGCCUGGAUUUUCAUCAUAUACAGCAAAGAGGGCUUCGGAGCGACUCCAAGAUAGGGGUUCUGCUGAAGAACAUGACUUUAGGGAGUCUAGAAGACAUGUGCAUGACAGGCAGUAUUCGGACACACCUUACAGAGAUGGAAACUUCAGAGAUUCUCACAACAGUAAUGUUCCUAAUUUCCAGAGGCCACUCCUGAGAAAGCAUGUAGCUGGACGGAUGUCUGCAGCCAGGAGGAGAAGUUUUGAUGAUAGCCAGCUAUCCCUUGGGGAAAUGUCAAAUUAUGUAGAUGGUCCUGCAUCUCUUAGUGAUGCCCUAAGUGAGGGCCUGAGUUCAUCUUCUGACUGGUGUGCCAGGGUUGCUGCAUUCAAUUAUCUCCGGUCUUUGCUACAGCAAGGCCCAAGGGGGGUUCAAGAGGUAGUCCAAAAUUUUGAGAAGGUAAUGAAGUUAUUUUUCCAACAUCUGGAUGAUCCCCACCAUAAAGUUGCGCAGGCAGCACUUUCAACUCUUGCAGAUAUUAUUCCAUCUUGCCGAAAGCCUUUUGAGAGUUACAUGGAAAGGAUUUUGCCCCAUGUUUUCUCACGAUUAAUUGAUCCCAAGGAGUUGGUUAGGCAACCUUGUUCAACAACUCUGGAUAUUGUAAGCAAGACAUAUGGUACAGACUCUCUGUUACCAGCUUUGCUUCGCUCUUUAGAUGAACAGCGUUCACCCAAGGCCAAACUCGCUGUUAUUGAGUUUGCUAUUGGUUCCUUUAACAGGCAUUCAGCUAAUUCUGAAGGCUAUGUCAACAGUGGCAUCUUAAAGUUAUGGCUUUCCAAGUUGACACCACUGGUCCACGAUAAAAACACUAAACUUAAGGAGGCUGCCAUUACCUGCUUUAUAUCUGUUUACUCCCACUUUGAUUCAACAGCUGUCCUGAAUUUCAUUCUUAGCUUAUCAGUCGAAGAACAAAAUUCUUUAAGACGGGCUCUAAAACAGUAUACUCCUCGCAUAGAAGUGGACUUGAUGAACUUUUUGCAGAGCAAGAAAGAUCGCCAGCGGCCGAAGUCGUCUUAUGAUCCAUCUGAUGUUGUUGGAACAUCGUCAGAAGAAGGAUACGGUAGUGGCUCAAAGAAGAGUCAUUUCUUUGGAAGAUACUCUGCUGGUUCUGUUGAUGGUGAUAAUGGCAGGAAAUGGAGUUCUACCCAAGAAUCAGCCUUGGUAACUAGCGGCUACGGUCAAGCAGCUUCUGAUGAAUUUCAUGAGAACUUGCAUCAAAAUUUCGAUGCCGGCUCGAACACUGAUCUUAAUUUUAAAACUAAGGAGUUAACAUACAACAGUAAUUCUAGUGGGCAGAACCUGGCCUCCAGGACCAGUGUGUUGGAAAGUUUUGACAGUAAUGUAAAUUUAGAGGGUUCUUCAACUCCUCGACUGGAUGUUAAGGAUCUGAUAGGCUUGGAUCAUGCCCGGCUUGCUGAAAGCAUUGGACACGAUAAUGAAGCUACUUCUGAGUUGGACAUUCAUAAUUUAAAACUUAAAUCUGCGAAGGUUAACUCAAUGCCAGAAUCAGGUCCCAGCAUCCCUCAAAUUCUUCACCUGAUUGCCAAUGGAUCCGAGGAAAACCCUAGUGCAAGUAAGCAUGGGGCACUUCAGCAGUUAAUCGAGGCUUCUGUGGCAAAUGAUCACUCUAUUUGGACUAAGUAUUUUAAUCAGAUUUUGACGGUUAUCCUUGAGGUGCUGGAUGAUUCUGAUUCAACAAUUCGGGAACUUUCCCUUUCACUGAUUGUUGAAAUGCUUAAAAACCAGAAAGACGCCAUGGAAGACUCUGUUGAGAUCGUAAUUGAGAAGCUGCUUCAUGUUACAAAGGAUACAGUUUCUAAGGUGUCAAAUGAAGCAGAGCACUGCUUGACGAUUGUUUUGUCUCAGUAUGAUCCGUUCAGAUGUUUAAGUGUGAUUGUGCCUUUACUGGUAACCGAAGACGAGAAAACUCUUGUUACUUGCAUAAAUUGUCUGACAAAGCUUGUGGGCCGGCUAUCACAGGAUGAAUUAAUGACUCAGAUACCGUCAUUUUUACCUGCUCUCUUUGAAGCUUUUGGGAACCAGAGCGCGGAUGUUCGUAAGACGGUUGUUUUCUGUCUCGUCGAUAUUUACAUCAUGCUCGGGAAAGCUUUCUUACCGUACUUGGAGGGGCUCAACAGCACGCAAUUGAGGUUGGUGACCAUUUACGCUAAUCGAAUCUCGCAGGCCAGAACAGGCUCUGCCAUAGACCCUAACCAUGCUUAGGUGGUUUGCUUGGAAAGAAAGAAAGAAAGAGGAAAUUGUUGGGUUUGAGGUUUUGAUCUUUUGUGUAUUUUUUGUAUAUGGUGUGAAUGCAUUUUGAAGGUGGGUUUGUCGUUUUACUAUUCUUUUCCAAAUAUUUUUGUAAUUCAUUUUUUUUUUCCUUUUCAUUUCCCCUGGUUUGUUUGUUUGGAGGCAGAGAGUGCUUUAUUGGGACAAAACACAUUGUUUGUUGUAAUCUACAUUUGCCCAACAUUAUUUAUAGCAUGGAAGAAAGGAGGUUUUGGAA